AUGUUUUUUUUAAAUAUAGUUUUAUAUAUAUUACUAUUGGGGGUUUGGACCAAUACAAAUACCCUUGUUACUGCAAAUGGCACAUUAUGUAAUGGAAUUGAUUGUGUAGUGAGCCCUGUUCCAAAUUGUCCACAUAAUGGAGUAUUUUCAGAGCAAGAAAAUGGCUGUAUUGUGACAGAACCAUUGAUAAAAUCUUGUCCUGAAGGUUUCAAAUCAUCAGUAGGAGCAACACAAUGUAGUAAGAAUGUCCAUACAAAUAAAGUUCUUACAUGUCCAGAAAAUACUAGAUAUGAUAAGCAUACUCAAGCAUGUUAUAUAGAAAAUAGAGAAGUACCUAAGUGCGAAGCAGGAUAUAUUGAAGAUGGAAAUGGCGAUUGCUAUAAAUUAAAGGAAGCAGAAAUUAGUUGUGGGGUGAAUGAGGAAGAAAGAGGAGAUGGGUGUUAUAUUAAAAAACUAGUUAAGAAAGAAUAUAACUGUAAUGAGAUUCCUUUAUCUAUUAGAGCAAUUCAUGAGCAAGAUAAUUCUAGUUAUACGUCAAAUAUGGCAUUUCUCGAAGGUGAAAAAGAAUACAAUGGCGAUGGGUCAAAAUCACCAGUUUGCAAAGUUAAGGUGUUUCAUAAGCCAAUAUGUCCAGAAGGAACAACAGAAGAUGAUAAAGGUUCUUGUAUCCAAAAGUCAAGACCAGAAAUUUUUUGUCCAGAAGGUUACUUAUUGAAAGACAUUAAACUAGACGUAUCGAUUCAAGGUGCAUAUCCAACUUUAGAAUCACGACAUUAUUGUCAAAAGCAAGAAUUUAUAGAACCUAUUUCCGAAUGCCCCAUUGGAAUGGUAAAAGAGAAGGACCAUUCAGGAAUGGAUAUUUGCUAUUUAAUAAAAGAAGAGGUUCCACAACAAUGUCAAAUAGGUUUUACAUAUGUUGAAAGUAUUAGAAAAUGUAUAAGAAAGGAAUUAGCAACACCCCGUUGUAAUGACGGAUACAUACAUAGAGGAGGUUUUUGUUACCUUCCAGAAAGACAAGUUAUUGAAAUUAACCCAGUUUCAUAUUGUAUGAAUCCUGAUGCAGUUAUUGUUGGUCAAUAUUGUGUAAGGAACCAAAGUAUGACUCCUAACGUCGAUUGUCCUGUAGGAUAUAUAUUUGACCAAUUAGAUAAUAAAUGUAAAAGAGAGAUUGAAAUUGAUCCAAUUGUUACUUGUCCUCCAAGAUUCGUACUAAAUUCGCAGACUCAAGUAUGUGAAAGAAAGAUUGAAAGGGAUUGUUCGAUUACUCAAUAUAAAAAGAAGUGUACCAGUUAUGAUUCUGAAACUGGAACGGAUAUUAAUAGAGAAGUUGUUUUAGAAACUAGAAAUUUGAAUAUGAUGCUUAAUCAUGGAAAUCACCAUCAUGGAGGUCACCACCAUCAUAAUUACAUUGUCCCCAGAGAGAGUACAAAAAUAGUUCAUCAAUGUGUUGAAAUACCUGAAUACAUACCAAAGAUGUGUGUUAAUGUUGAAACUGCACCAGUUGUAUAUGUAUGCCAUAAUGGUGUUCAGUCUACAGAUCAAAAGAAAUGUAUCAAAGUUAGUACAGUCAUGCCAAAUUAUAGUUGUCCAACAGAGUACAAACUUAGAAAUGGCAGAUGUGAACAACAAAAUAUAGAGUCUAUUUUUUAUAAAUGCCCAGAAGGAUAUUUAUUGUCUGAGAGUUCAACAACCAGGCUUCCGAAGUGUAUUCCAGAAGAGGAAGGAAUUCCUAGAGAGAAAAAAAUGAAUGCUUUAUUUGAGUGUCCGGAGAACUUUGAGUUGAGAAGUAAUGAAUUUAAUCAAUUUGAAUGUAUUGAGGCUAAGAAUCCAGUAUGUAAAAGUGAGAACUGCAGGAAUAUAGUGAAAAUUUCUGGUCCUGAAUGGGAAUGCCCUGUUGGAACUGAAAUCUUAUUAGGAGAUGAUAUAUUAAUGACAAGAACUUAUAAUAAAAGAAUGUUAGUUUCGAAUCAUCCUCAUUAUGGUGCUCAUACUACUAAAAGAGUUUCAAAUAUUACGGAAAAACCAAAAUGUAUUGCUGAAGUAACUCAUACUAUAGAAAAAAGAUGUUUAGACGAUAAUUCAACUUUAAUGGGUGAUUUUUGUUUAGAAACUAUAGAAAAAAGUUGUCCAACAGAGGGUUGUGAAAGUUACUUGGAAUUUAGACCAAAUGUAGAAUGCCCAGAAAAAACUGAGUCACUUGGAAUCCAUAAGGCAGAUAUGUGUAUGGAAACAAUUAGGACACCUUUUAAGUAUCAUUGUUCAAUGGGAGGAAAAAUCACUCAACAUAAUAAGUGUAGAUAUAUUACUAAGAAGAGCUGUAAACACCCAAAUUGUACAGAACUUAUUCCAACUGAAGGAAAAAUGCAAUGCCCACCUGGAUACUCCGAAGUGAAAAAUGUCUCUAAUUAUCCAAAUAUUAAUUCUUUCUCAAACAUGGAUCAAGAAGGAAUAUUAUCAAUGAAUAAUUAUUACCAGGAAAAUAACUCACUCCAGAUGACCAAAUUUGUAGGGACCAAUGUAUUUGGACAAAGAAGAAGGCUUUUUGGGUCUGUCAGACCUCUAUCAAACAUUGGGCAAUGUGCUGCUCUAGAAUUUGCUCCAUUCAUACUAAGUUGCCCACAAGGAUUCACACAAUCUGAAGGAAAAUGUAUUGGGGCAAUGGAUCCCUCAUAUCAAUGCCCUAAUGGGACAUAUAUGAGACAAGAUGGUUUAUGUGGUAAAUCAACUCAAAGAGAUUAUAGUAAUAAUAGUAUAAGUGGAGAUAUUAGUAACAUGCAAUAUCAUAAUCAAAUACAAUAUACAAGAAAAAAUAAGUUUUAA